ACUAAACAGUAUGAUGGAGGGGUAACAUCACUAAACUAAAUGUCGGUCGCUUGCUCAACAAACCCAAGUAUGUUUGUUUUCAUCGAAAUACAUUAAUUUUGUAACUGAAACCUUUAUUGUAAUGUCCUGCCGUACAUGAACACAAAGAUGCCUUACUACUGUACGGUACCCCGCUGCACAUCGAUGGCGGGAAAAGCCAAAAACGUAUCUUUUCACCAGUUCCCUAGAGACGAAGAGUUAGCAAAACUCUGGAAUAACAUAUUAAAGAGAGGCAAACCAUAUACAAAAUAUUCUAAAGUUUGCAGUUUGCACUUCAAACCGGAAGACUAUACUUUGACCAGCGUCGGAAAAAACAAAGGCCAAUGGAGAACAUUGCGUAAGGAUGCAAUACCAUCAAGAAAUUUACCGUCAGAUUCUCCACUUCCUUACCAGAGAAGGCAGUCGGAUAGCUGGUUGCCAGUCACCAACAGUCCUUUGGACCCUCAGGUUCAACAGCAAAUGGCGCAAGCUAUUUACAUACAGACCAUGCUAGCUAUGCAAGCAGUCACAAAUGAUGCCCCAAGUCCAAAUAAUGAAGAAACAACGAGUUCAGAAGAUUCAUAUCAACAGGAGAAAAAUGAUUCUGCAAUGCCGACCUUUGUUAAUGAUGAAACAAAAACGUCAUACAAAUGCAAAGUGUGCACUAAAUGCUUCAAGGACCCCGAUGUAAUGCUAUUGCACCAGCGGACGCACAAUAACUCUAUUAAUGAACCUAAUUCGAUGACCAUGCAAGCCAAUCCUAUUUUAGCCGGUCUCCUGAGGAAUAACAGCGAGACGGCCAAUGGUAAUCUCUUUGCAGCCCUAGCUCUCAAUUUGGUGGUCCAAAAUCUGUUCGAAGGUAAGAAAACUUGUGAGGAAUUAAAAGGGAUAUCCGCUAAAUACGUUGUAGACGAAACGUAAGGGUUUUAUUGUAUCCUUAAUUACUUGCAGGGUAGUCCUAUAAGUUUGUGAAAAUUGAGAUUUGUAGAUUUUAUUUUGUAAUGUAAUGAGAUAUAUCUAGCAACGAUUGACAAUUAGAGUAAGCUGAACGAACAAAUCGAUGGAAGAAAGCGGAGUUGUAGUAAUUAGAAAAAUCUAACCUUACACCGGAGCCAUAACAUUAUGUAUUUCAAAAUUGAUUUGAAAUUUUGUGAAAAAAUAAGAGUUGGAUAAUUGAAUCGUAGGAAAACGAGACAUUCGAAGUGGUAUUUUAUUUUUUUAUACAAGAUUAAAAGGUAAGUGAUUUAACCCGAAAUCCACGGUACUACAUGUCCGCUUUUUCCCGUCGAAAUGAUAUUCCUUCACGAGACGUAAUGGCAAAGUUGCAUCAGGGUCGUUGGGUAGGCCUAAGUAUGCGCUGAUUAAUCUAAUUUAAAAAAUGAUACGUUCAUUUUCAUUGUCAACGAAUCGGAGGAGUUCAAACUUUUUGUGUAACUACCCACCUUUUUAGUUUUAGUGAAAUUCGUGACUAAGACUGAUUUUAUUUGUAGAUUUAACUGAAAAUCACGUACGAGCUAGUGAUGUCGUUUCAGAAUUAAUUAUGUAAUUUAUUGGAAUCGAAAUGAUUCGUUGAAGCGAAAUUCACUCAGUACUUACAUGGGGCUAUGAUAUUUCGUGUUAAACAUUUAAAGAUCGAUAGGAUUAAAGUAUUUCGCGUUCAAGCCACUAGCGGCAAGAGGCUGGUUGUCGAUUGAGACCUGGAAACCUGCAUGGAGAUAGAUGAGACGACCUCAUGUGCCAUUGUUUGCAAAGGUCAUCUACUCAACUGCAAAGUUCUCGAAGCGACCUACUUCAUUGAGGAAACAGCACAAAAUCGCUUUUUUAAAUGAUAAUGGCCUUCGGAGCCUGUUUACAGUACAUCGCGUGUCCGGUUAUUGACCGCAAGUUUGGAGUAAUUACAUUGCGAGUUUUCGAAGUACGCCUUAUUAUCUGUCUCGCCAUUGGAAGCGAUGGUCUGACAACGAUUGUUAAGAAGUAGAACCUCAAUUCGGAGGUCUGUAUUCCAUGAGAAGUACUUAGCGAUUCUUUGAGAUAUCCUUCUUUGUCUGCUUCGUUCCAUUUUGCUCUCGAGUGGACUACCCUCUUAAGCAUCCCUGAGCGCGAUGACCAGCCUUUUAAGCGAAGCUUAAGGAGAGCUGCCUGAAGCACCGGCAAAGACCUGGACUCGUCUAAAUUGAGUUACAUCGUAUGAUAAUUAAAGACUAUUUUUCCACCGUCAUUUAUUUUUUUAUCUGUUAGGUAUAGUCAAUCGCGCGAAUAGAAGGCGAUGCUAGACUAAGUUUUAUUUGACGUCAGAAAGGUAAUGUAGCGAACACGGUAAGUUAUUUCCUACUUCUGCGGCCAAUUCGUCCUUUCUGGAUCAAGUCUAAGGGACUAUUCCAGGUACGCGCGGGUAGGUGAGCUCACGGGCUCAACUUGAGGGAUAUUGCUAACACUAGGCCUAGCAAGAGCAGUGCCGAAUUUACCACCGGAUCGAGCCCACUGAGUUUCUCGCCGGAUUUUCUCAGUGGGUCGCGAUUCCGAUCCGGUAGCAGAUUCAUUCGCGAAGCAGUUACUCUUGGGUUGUUAGGUCUCCUUCGCAGGCGCUCGGGCAGAUGUUAGCAAAUCCCACCCCUCCUGGCUGAGCCUUUGCUCGCCCACUUGCCCUGGAAAGGCGUCCAAGCCACCAGUAAUUUCUCAAACAUAAAAAAAGCCACCGGAUCGGAAUCGCGACCCACCGAGAAGCUCCGGCGAGAAACUCAGCGGGCACAUUUUUCGUGUUCUCGAUUAUAAGUUCCGAGUUACGAGAGAACGUGACGAUUCAUUGCGAUACGAAAGUAUUCAUUCGUGCUACUGAAAUUAAUUCUUUUUACGGCCGGUAGGGGGCGCUGCUUAAACCCUAUAAAUAUUUUUUUUUUCUCGAUAGCGAUUUGAAUAAUUUUUCGAUAGUCAUUCGUGCUCACCAAACGGCAAAACGAAUAAUAUCGAUAUUUGUCUCUAAACGUUUUUUAAAAUUUUAGUCUUAAAACAUAGUGCCUUAGAACUUAAAUUGUAUUGAUGGACUCGUAAUGAAUAAGUUAGUUUAUGGAAGCGUUUUUUUUUUUCGGUUACGUGUAGAGGGAUAGGUAGAUUGCUCAGUGAUGGAUUUAGGUUUGACGCUGCCAUAAGGAUUGUUUAUUGCGCCGCCCUUAAUGUUAGAAUACAUUUUAUUAAUUUUAAUCUAAUAUUUAUAUUUUAAACCAGCAACCCGCUCUCGCUUCGCUUCGGAAACAUUAAAUUUUAUUAUUAACUAGCGACCCGCCCUCGCUUCGCUUCGGAAAUAUUAAAUUUUAUUAUUGAUAGCUGAGUCCCGCGAUGUUACCCGCGGUUAUUGUCGUACCGCGGGGGACGCCGCGGGGCGAAGCCACUCUAAAAAAAAGUAGCCUAAGUUACUCCUUAUAUCAUCAGCUACCUAUCAGUGAAAGUCUGGUCAAAAUCGGUCCAGCCGGUCCAGAGAUUAGCCGGAACAAACAGACAGACAAAAAUUGUAAAAAAUGUUAUUUUGGUUUAUCUACCGUAUAUAUUAUAUUCAUAUGCAUUUAGUAAAAAGCGGGUAUUUCAAUAUUAUAAACAGACACUCCAAUUUUAUUUAUAUGUAUAGAUUUAAAAAAACUUAUUUUUUUAUCUAAAGUAAACAAUCUGAACUCAUUUACAAAGGAAACUGUCUUGACUUUAUCAUCGUCUCUGAACGUUAGGCGUUUUAAAAGUUUUCCCGCUCAAAUCAUGUCCGCGGGCCUCAAGGGUCUAUGCGUAAAUCCAUCACUGAGUCCGCUAUGGGUUUGAAAUGAUGUUUGAUAUUUUUAUUGUUCCACAAUAGUAGGAAGCUUCGGUUUUCGCGAUACGUCAACGCAAUUAAAAACAUUUUUACGGUUUAAAUUCGAGUUUGAUUGUUUAAACAUUUAUUCGAAAUAUCGCGAGGAGGAAAGUUUUUCCUUACCGAGGGGUGAAAGCUUUUUUUUUCGGUAAAAACAAUGCAUUAUGUUAGUAUUACAAUCUAUAUUAGUAACUUAAAAAUAACAUUAAUAUCUGACGCUAUUUAUUACUAUACAAGCGGUCCGCUCCGGCUACGCUCGGGUCUUUAACAAAAAAUUCAACGAUAGUGACGUUGUUUUAUUUUUUUAAAUAAAAGAACACUUAAUGCGGCAUAACUAUAAUUGUUAGAUAUAUGCUGUCGCGACACUUUUUGUAAUAAUAAUGUGUUCUACAAAGUCGUAGUACAUUAUUUUAUUCUAUCGUCAAUAGUUUUCGCUGGGCACGCGAUGUAAAGAAUAUUUUAGGUAAUUUUUUUACACCUUGGGUUACGUUAUUGGAGUUUUAGUAAAGAUUCCAAAUUCAAUUCAAAUCGAUUUAAAAAAAGAUUCUAGCCUAUGUCACUCGGGAAUAGUGUAGCUUCCAAACAGUGAAAGAAUUUUUCAAAUCGGUUCAGUAGUUUCAGAGACUAUUCAAUACAAACAAAAAAAUAUUUCCUCUUUAUAAUAUUAGUAUAGAUUUUUGAGUCUUUGCUGCAGACUAUUUGAGGUUUGACGACGUCUGACGCUGACGCGCAAAAGUGGCCUAAGCUUACCGUAGUUAUUAUGGAGCAAUGAGGUUUAAGUUUUCAUGGAUUUAAUUUGAGUAGGCAAAAAACCAACCUUACAAACUUAAAAACCACACGUUACCCAACAAAACUUAAACCAAAUAAAUAGCCUUUCACCCCUCGAUUUGAAUAUUGCGAAAAACAAAUAUAUUUACAGACCUCACCAACAUCAUCAUGACGUCCGGCUGUAAUAGACGCGUGACCUUUAGUGUUUUUAAUUAAAAACCUUAAUUAUAAUAGACCAAUAAACAAAUAAAUAAACACGUGAAAAUAAUAUGAUUAAUGUUGAUAUUGUCUCGAAUUUUCUAUUGAAGUUUCCAACCACACUGCGUUCGAGAAAUUAAUACUGUAAGAUAUUAUAUUUUAUUAAAACACCAUCUUCUGUGUGUUCUCAAUAGAUGUAUAUAACAAGAGGGGGAAAAGCGAGUGUCCUAGUUGAACUCUUUGAGGUUAGGCGGAUUACAAACUGUUCCAUGUAUUGCUUAGUUUUCUGAAGUCCUUGCACUGAUUGAUCUUGGUAAAAUGAAUUUUAUGUUUUAUCGUAUUUUCAGUAAGGGUUUAUUCAAAAUGCAGUUAAUGUGUUUUCUUUUCCUGAAAAAUCGUGGGCCCCAAAGAGUUGAGCGGGAACUCGUUGUGAUUAAUAUAAGAAUAUUCAAUCUUUAUUUAGGAUCGUUUAUUAAUUAUACAUCACGAAUAUUGUAUUUGUAAUAUUAAACAAAUUUGAUAGAUACUUUUGUAUUGUAUACAGUAUUUCGAUAAGACUGCCUUUAAUUAUUGUUCUUUUCAAUUUUUGAUCUCCUUUUAAAAAAAAAACAAUUGUAAUAAAUAAAAUGUAACCAAAAUUA